UUAAAAAGAAAGGGAAGCAUUAUCCGACCACAAAGUGGGAAAGCCCAAGAGCGCGUCUGAGGAUAAAACCCCCAAGCAAGAAGAACACAAGUGAUAAGAUUGAGAGAGCAAUGGCGAGUGUGAGCAGUCUGGCCACAACAACAGCAACAACAUGGAACAUGUCUUGUCUGAAAGCAGCUCUGCCCCCCAUUUACAACACUUCAGCUCGCCUUCCUGUUGUCUCAUCUCCUUGUGUUAAAAUCUCUCUGAAGCCCAAUCCCAUCUCUCUCCGCUCUUUCCACGGUCUCGCUCCUCUCCAUCCUCUUCUCUCUCGAGAGGGCAACAGCUUUGACCAGUGCUUCACAAUAAUUGACAAUGGUGGUCGUAUCUCCAUGAUGAGACACGGGAGGCGUGUCCCUAAACUAAAUAGGCCCCCAGAUCAGCGCAAGGCUCUUUUGAGAGGCCUAACAACCCAGCUGCUAAAGUAUGGACGAAUAAAGACCACAAGAGCAAGGGCCAGUGCCAUGAGGAAGCAUGUUGAUAAGAUGAUCACAAUGGCUAAAGAUGGAUCUCUUCAUAAAAGGAGACAAGCCCUUGGAUAUAUAUAUGAGAAGCAGAUAGUGCAUGCCUUGUUUGCAGAGGUUCCCGAAAGAUAUGGGGAGAGGAAUGGAGGAUAUACAAGAAUAAUCAGAACUCUCCCUAGGCGAGGAGACAAUGCACCAAUGGCCUAUAUUGAGCUAGUCUAAUUAAGGCCACGCUUUGUAUUGCUUAUGUCUUACUUCACUAGCUAUCUGAAAACUGUUGAGAACAUUUUUUCUGUUUGUUCAUUGUAUGCUGCAGACCUUGUGAAUCUGUCAUGUACAUUUACUAACGAAGCUUCUAUGUAAUCGUUGGUAACUAAAGGAUAAUGGAUGCUUUUUGGUGGUAACAAGUGGUUACAAAGUAUAGGACAUAGCUAAUGAAAUUUUAAGUUUUUAGCA